AUGCUCAGUAUGCCGACUACAGAUGUCAUUAGAGAGAUCCUACCGCUCCCUUUUUCCGCCGAAAUUCAAUCACGAAUAUACGAUCUUCUAGUUCCGGAGAUCCCUUUCAAACUCAUGCUUCUCUCUCAUCGUCAUUACGGCUCCAUUGUCCCUUCACUAUACACUCACAUCACCUUGUCAGGGCAAAAUGCAGACAGGUUCAAUGAGCGAAUACACUGUACUAUGCAGAAAGAUGCGGUAGGGAAACGAAUGAAAUGGGUAGGAAGGAAAUCUAAAGCUUGUACCAAUACCCAAAGUCUGGUGAUUAGUGAUGAUGCUUGUCUCAUGUCAAUUGACCAUCUGGUUCAAUCAUCUCUCAGAAGACCGCUCAAGCACCAUGAUCAAGCAUGUUGGUCGGAUACCCUGUUCCCAAAUCUGAAGAAAGUCGUUUUACGUUACUCUACUAUGAACCUCCUUACAUCUGAAUUUAUGGCGAAUUUAUUUGGUGGUAGAAUGCAAUCGCUUGAAAAAUGUAUUGGGAAUGUGAAGAUCAUACAUGUGGAUGUCUCUUCUGGCGAAUUCGAGAAGAUUCAUCUCAAAAUCUUGAUUCAAAUGAUCAAGGACAACUUCACCAAAGCAGAGUCAGUGAUAUUUCGAAUGAAAUGGGGCUUAUUACCCAUCCCUCCACAGUGGAUCAGAAGCAUCCCAUUACUCAAGAUGUAUCUGGAAGAAAAAGAAGAGACGGACGAAGGUCUUGUGGCUAGAACGAACCUGAGGAUGUUCAAUAUAAUGUAUCGUUACGGAAACGAUCAAAUACCAAGAGAGAAGCCACUUGAAGUAUAUUUCAGAAACGAAGAAUUGGUCCAAGACUAUAAUAACAGGAUGCUAAAUAGGAGAGGAAUCGACAAUAUGUUAUCGAUAAGACAGUGGCAAGAAGAAGAUGAUUGGAUGAAAUAG